CUCAGGUUCUCCCCAGAGUUUCAACUGAGCUCUUUUUGAAUUUUCCUACCUGCUGGUAGUCUGUGCUGCUGCAGGAUUUUCAGGGACUUGAGGCCUGAAAGGUAAGAUGUCUCUCUCAUCUCUUCUGCUGUGCCUGAGUUUGGGAGCUUUGGCAAAAUACGGUGCUGGAAGUGAAUGGUGCUAUACUGGCUGUACUCACACCCCGAAUCACUGGAAUGAAAUCUCCGGUUCUUUCUGCGGAAACAAAAGGCAGUCUCCUAUUGAUAUAGUCACUAGCCAUGUUCAGACAGACCAUAACCUGGUGAACUUUACUUUCGUCAACUUCUCCUCUCCACAUGUCCUCAACACAAUUGAGAACAACGGACAUACAGUAAAAUGCACACUGAAGGAAAAUGAGGUUGAAGUGAGCGGAGGAGGACUCAAAGACACGUACUCUACAAUUCAGUUCCACUUUCACUGGGGCGAUACACAACACCACCCAGGUUCAGAGCACCUGAUUGAUGGGCACAGAUAUCCAAUGGAGAUGCACAUAGUCAGUCUGAAGAAAGGUCUCACUGUGUCAGAGGCCAUCGUGGACCCAGAGGGAAUUGCCGUUCUUGGGUUUUUCAUUAACGCAACAGAUGAUGAUGAUAUGUCAGGACCAUGGAGCAACCUCACAUCUUAUCUGAUGGAUACUAAAGAACCCAAAGUUAAUAUAACCCAUAACAUCUCUAUCAGUGACCUGAUUGGAAAUGUAGACCUUACAAAAUUCUAUCGAUACAUGGGCUCCCUGACCACCCCUUUAUGCAAUGAAGUUGUCGUUUGGACCAUCUUUCAAGAGCCAAUCAACAUUAACAAAAAUCUGAUUCAAAAGUUUGUCACGGAGACAGGACUCACUCAUGUCUACCGCCCUGCACAAAGCCUCAAUGGACGUCAUGUGUCUGCUUCCCCUGCAACUCCUCUACCUCCCAGUCAUCCAUGGUGCUAUGAUGAUCACUGUGAGCUCAAUCCUUCGCAUUGGCACCUUCUGCCUCAGUCCUACUGUGGUGCAGAACGCCAGUCACCCAUCAACAUUGAGACAAAGAGUGCUGUGACAGACCUACAUCUUGAUAGCUUCACCUUUACAAAGUUUGACGACAAACAUGCCAUCACGUCCAUCACUAACACAGGCCAUUCAGUCAAGUGUGUACUGAAGGAGGACAUGGUGGAGGUGUCGGGGGGCGGUUUAGGAUAUGUCUACUCCACCCUUCAGUUCCACUUCCACUGGGGCACCGUAUCACACGACUCUGUGGGCUCCGAGCAUACAGUGAAUUCAAAAAGAUACCCAAUGGAGAUGCACAUAGUGAACAAGAGGAAGGAUUUAACCCUGCAAGAGGCCAUACAGACUCCAGAUGGCCUGGCAGUGCUGGGAUUCUUUAUCGAGGCUCCUGGUGCUAGCAGAAGUAGUGGUGGUUCAGAACAUCACGGGACAAGUACCCCGUCAACUCCCACAUCAGAUAUGGACGCCUGGUAUAAACUCACCAGCUACCUGUCAGAGAUUCAAAACACAAGCUCAACAGUUGAAGUCACAAAAGAGAUCUCCAUUAAUGACUUGCUUGGCAAUGUGAACCGCGGUGCAUACUUCCGCUACAAUGGCUCAUUAACGACCCCUACAUGCAAUGAAGCAGUGGUUUGGACGGUCUUUAAAGAGUCUGUCAAGGUGGAACAAAACCUGAUGAUGAUGUUCCCAACUCACACCAAAAAUCAGAACGUGUUUCGACCCACGCAGUCUCUUCAUGGCAGGACAAUCUACACCACAGCAGCAUCCGCUGUCCCUGGACCCAUCAUACCCUUUCUGCUGCUGGCCUGUUUGUGUAAUUUUUUUGUCUAACUUGCAUCUGUGAGAAGGUUGGCUAAACAGGAAGUGCUUUAAAGAAUAUCUUGCAGUAAUCAUCUGUCCUGCACUUUUCAGAUUAUAAUUUCAAUAUUUAUUAUCAAAAGAGGCAUUUAUGUGGAUAUCUUUAGCGUGGACAUGUAUCAGACAAUCAGGAUACUUGCUGAAAAAUGGCUUUAUUUAAAAAGGAAAAAUCUGGUUUAGUAAACUCCAGGGUGUUACUGGGCCUUCUGCUCUAUUCAUUGUGCAGCAUGUUAGUAGUUUGGACUAGAGAGUGAACUUAACAAUCUUAAUGUUUUUGACUAGUACUGUUCUGACUGGCAUUCAAACUUCAACUAUAAUAGAAUGUACUAAAAAUUGCAAGACUAUUAAUCGUAGACAUUGUCCCUCCAUAUUUGUAGCAAGCAGGUACAGUUUAAUAUGAAACAAAACAAUCAGUCCACUCUGCUAACCCCCUAAUUGCAAGUAUCAAUGUUGUUUAGUAUUGUUGAUCAUUUCUUAUAUUGGAGACUGUCGACCAUAGAAGGAAGAAUAAUGACUGCUGUUUGAACAUUGACAUGGAAGGAACAAGUGUAAUUUAUUAUUGCAAUGAAUGUUUCUGUGCACUUUAUCGGCUGGAAUGUAUUUUUGAGACCACUUAAAAUCUUAAUAAAUUGUAUUGAUGCUGUUUAAAAGUUA